AUGAGCACCACUGCACUGUCUUCCGCAAAGAAUGCACGGAGCCCGGGCUCCAACGCCGCCGUCUCACCUGGGAGUAAGUCGGUGAGCCUGCGUGAGGGCGCAUUAAGGAGUGACCGGAAAAGCACUCGCGAGCUUUCACCACAAAGUGAACUCAAAAGUGAUCGGAAGAGUAUGCGCGAAAUAUCACACAGCGAACUCAAAAGUGACCGGAAAAGCACUCGCGAGCUUUCACCACAAAGUGAACUCAAAAGUGAUCGGAAAAGCAUGAGUGGAGUUUCACCACAAAGUGAACUCAAAAGUGAUCGGAAGAGUAUGCGCGAAAUAUCACACAGCGAACUCAAAAGUGACCGGAAAAGCACUCGCGAGCUUUCACCACAAAGUGAACUCAAAAGUGACAGGAAAAGCGUGCGCGACAGCGAGAUGAGGAGUGCGGGGAAAAGUGGGCGAAGCGUCGAGGCGAGGUAUGGUGUGCGGGACGAUGGUGAUGGAGAAUGGAGCGAAUUGGGAAGUGAGGUAACAAGUGAAUUGAGGAGUAAAGCAAAAAGCGGAAGAAGGAGUGAGCGGAGGCAGGGGGGUGCCGAUGAAUUUGAACUCAGUGAGAGUGAUGUUGAUGCGCAUGGGGAGAACUUUUUUGACAGCAGCAGGAGGUCAGACCGCCAGCCAUCGUCGGGUGCUCCAGAAGAAGAGGAAGAAACCGAGGAGCAGAUUAUUAUUCGGCUGCGGGAGGAGCUGAGGGAAUUCGAAGCAUAUGAGGAGGAGAUGCAGCCAAACCUGAACAUGUACGAAGAGGUCAUCGAACUCCGACGAGAAGCUGAGCAACUGGAGGAUGACAGGAAGCGCGCAUUGCUUCAGAUUGAUCUUGGUGAUAUAUCCUCUUACUACGACGGUGAUGUGGAACGGGAGGUGGAGGAGCUGGAGGCAGCAGUGGAGAAUUCAUAUUUACAAGCCUGCUGGACGAAAGAGCGCCAACGAUACAUCGCAAGGAACGAGACGGACCUUCCUGAGUGGUGGCGUGUGGAUAUCAUGAAGUUGGGAUUUCGUUUGAGGGAGGCCAAAAGGUCAUUUGAUUCAAGUAAUCGUGUUGCCCAAGACUUAUAUCGUGCCCACGAGGUGAAGGUGAACGCUACCACCGACUCUCGUGACAAGGCAAAAGCUGAACUGCGGCAAGAGAUCGCUGCGGAGUUGAACGAGCUGCGUCAGCGGCGGGAACGUCUGUUGGUUAUAGACAAGGAACAACGUUUCCACUUACGCCGUGGUACUCACGUGAAGGAGCUGCAGGUGACGUCGAAAAGGCGUCAGGAUGCUCUGGAGGCCCGAGUUGUGGGUGAGGAGAAUAGGCACUUUGGUGCUUCUGUGGAGCUGAAACGUACAGUCAAAGACCUUGAGAUGGAACUCAUUCAGUUGCGGCGCGAGCUGAAGGAUGCGAAAGUCAGUGGCGAGAGUAUCGUUCAAGAGCUACGGAAGCAUUUGUUGGAUGUCACAAGAAGUGGAGAAGAGGUUCGAAAAGCGCGACAAGAUUACGAGGAGGAGAAUUCAGACUUGAUGUCGCUCAAGCACGAGCUGCAGUGCGUUCUUCACUACAUCCGUGUCCGUGCUCGUGAAGCCAACUACUGA